AUGAGGGAAGAAGAGACAGCUCUUUUACUAAAGAAAAUCAGUGAGUGUUCUCCAGAGGCAGUGAAUUUGAGUGAAUUGUUUAUGACACUUACAAAUGAUAUAGUGAGUAGAGCAGCUUUUGGGAGGAAAUAUAGUGGAGGGGAGAGUGGAGAGAAGUGUAGGAAGCUAAUGAAGGAAUUUGUGGGAAUAUUAGGUGGAUUUGAUUUUGGGACAUUUCUGCCUUCAUUUGCAUGGAUUGAUAGAGUAAGUGAUUUAGAAGCAAAAGUGGAGAGAGUUGCAGUGGAGAUGGAUGAGUUUCUUGAGGGAGUAGUGGAAGAACAUUUAGAUAAUCAUAAAAGGGUGAGUAACUUAUUGGGUGGAAGAGUGGAAAAUGAAGGUCUGUUUGAUUCUAUACUUGACACUGCAUCUUUAUAUUUUAUUGCUAGCUUGGUUCUCAUUGGAUGCAAAGUGGCUUAUUGGCAGGAGGUUUACUAUACAUCUGUACAGGGUGACAUGAAAUUGAGGUCUAUUAAGGUUAUUCCUGAACCUGGUAAUAAGCUAAUGAUUGUUGUAAACAACAAGAGUGCAGAGAAGCAGUUUGCGGCUGAAAAAAUCUCUUCUAUGGUGCUGACAAAGAUGAAGGAAAUUGUUGAGGCCUACCUUGGCUCAACUGUCAAGAAUCCGUGGUACGAGUUAGCCUUUGGAGCUGUUGAUGAAUCUAUACUACUAUUUAUAAUUACGGCAUCUGCUACUACUGUUGAUGCCAAGAAUUCAAAUUAUAUUUGA